CCCAGGGCAAGGGUAGGGAGGAGGCGGCCGAACAGUGUCUCCCGGCCCGGCCAAGCCGGGUCCUGCCGUGAGCCUUCGCCAACGCCGGGACAGCAGCCGGAGCCGAGUCCGAGCCCGCGGCGCCACCGCCACCGCCGCCAUGCGCUGGGUCCGGGCGCUGCUGAAGAAUGCGUCCCUGGCAGGGGCGCCCAAGUACAUCGAGCACUUCAGCAAGUUCUCCCCGUCCCCGCUGUCUAUGAAGCAAUUUCUAGACUUUGGGUCCAGUAAUGCCUGUGAGAAAACCUCCUUCACCUUCCUCCGGCAGGAGCUGCCUGUACGCCUGGCCAACAUCAUGAAAGAAAUCAAUCUGCUUCCCGACCGGGUGCUAGGCACCCCCUCAGUACAGCUGGUGCAGAGCUGGUAUGUCCAGAGUUUGCUGGACAUCAUGGAGUUCCUGGAUAAGGAUCCCGAGGACCACCGGACCCUAAGCCAGUUCACUGAUGCCUUGGUCACCAUCCGGAACCGGCACAAUGAUGUUGUACCCACCAUGGCGCAGGGUGUGCUGGAAUACAAGGAUACCUAUGGCGAUGACCCGGUCUCCAACCAGAAUAUCCAGUACUUCCUUGACCGCUUCUACCUCAGCCGCAUCUCCAUCCGCAUGCUCAUCAACCAGCACACCCUCAUCUUUGAUGGCAGCACCAACCCAGCCCAUCCUAAACACAUUGGCAGCAUUGACCCCAACUGCAACGUGUCCGACGUGAUAAAAGAUGCCUAUGACAUGGCCAAGCUCCUCUGUGACAAGUAUUAUAUGGCUUCACCUGACCUGGAAAUCCAGGAAGUCAAUGCUACCAAUGCCACCCAGCCCAUUCACAUGGUCUACGUCCCCUCCCACCUCUACCACAUGCUCUUUGAACUCUUCAAGAAUGCCAUGCGGGCCACCGUGGAAAGCCAUGAGUCCAGCCUCACUCUCCCACCUAUCAAGAUUAUGGUGGCCUUGGGUGAGGAAGACCUAUCCAUCAAAAUGAGUGACCGAGGCGGGGGUGUCCCCUUGAGGAAGAUAGAGCGGCUCUUCAGCUACAUGUACUCCACAGCCCCCACCCCCCAGCCUGGCACUGGAGGCACCCCACUGGCUGGCUUUGGAUACGGACUCCCCAUUUCCCGCCUCUAUGCCAAGUACUUCCAAGGGGACUUGCAGCUCUUCUCCAUGGAGGGCUUUGGGACAGAUGCUGUCAUCUAUCUCAAGGCCCUGUCCACGGAUUCAGUGGAGCGCCUGCCUGUCUACAACAAGUCUGCCUGGCGCCACUAUCAGACCAUCCAGGAGGCCGGUGACUGGUGUGUGCCCAGCACGGAGCCCAAGAAUACGUCCACAUAUCGGGUCAGCUAGGGGCCUUCUCUCCCCGGCACCUGGGAGAACACUGCCACCUCUGGAUCCAGCCACCACAGGGACUUUCCCCAUUCUCUGGGGUGCAAGAGCACAGCUGAGUCUCCUUGAUGACCAGGUCUAUCUCUGUAGAAGUCAUAGUGACCUGUCUGUGGUGGUCCCUAAAUGCCAGUCUGUCUCCGUGGAGACACCUAGGUGGUCUCCCUGGAGCCCAGUCUCUGUUGUGAUGCCUGAGGGUUGGGGAUGGCUGUACCUGAUGGAAUGCCCUAGAGUGGACAGCCCAGCCUGGUGGUAUACUUCUCCUUGGCAGUUCUCCCCAGACCAGGACUGUCACCUUUCUGCCAGGGGCCCUGGGUCCCCUCACUGCCUGCAUUGCCCUGGCCUUCCAAGUGUCUGCCCUGCUUGCCUUAUUACCUGACCCUGUACAGGCACACUAAGCUGGGUCCUUUGUCAGUGUCAGGAGGGGUAGGGAGAGGGGGUGCACCCUUGGCCCUGGUUGGGGCCCUGGUCUUGCAGCCUUUUUCCACUCUGGACAUUAAGGUUGCAACUGGGAGCUCAAGAGUAGGGAGUGGUUCUCACCCAAGGCCCACUCCUAAAGCAAAGACACCUGGGAAGCCCAGAGGUCGCCAGCCCCACCAGGACUCUAAAGCAACUGUGGUGAUGUUUCUGCCGCUGCCCAAGCCCUUGUCCAGCAUGACCUCACAUGCAACCAGUGUACACCUACCCUGUUCUGCCUGAGCUUUGGAUCCCAACCCCACUGUGCUCACUGUGUGCGCAUGGUGACUUGUGCCCUAGGACGCUUUAUGUACAUAUAGUCAGUUUUAUAACCCUCAAUGCCCCACCCUUCCCCUUGGCACACAGCGGUUAAAGCUGUGUGCUCCUCACAUUGGCUGGGAUGGUGACAGUGACAUCUACAGUAAAUAGAUGAAAUGAGA